UCUCUGUCAAGUUGCCCCCUUGCGCAACAACGUUAUCCAUACAAUCUCGAGAUUUUAUUGUCAUAGGGCUGGCAUCUGUGCAGUGCAAUCAAUUGAAGUGAGCUGUCAUUGUGUAAACGAAACAUUCUGCGAUGAGCCUCUGCAGUUCUCUGAGUUCGCAGCAUAUCUGAGCCCAAGCCGGAUGCUGGAAGCCUGACUAAAGAGCGAGACAGAGUGCACAACAUAUUGCAGGUCGAGGUUAUGCAGCCGCCAACGCCGGUCGUGUCGCAUCGUCCAUCCAUCCUUAGCCGUGACUCUCGAUUCACGGUGUUCGGCAUUCUUCCUGAUAUGUACUCGGACUCUCGGACGCACGGUUAUGAAGGACCCAUCCGUUACGUCCGCACCUCGCGUGCGGCCUCAAGCGGUGGGGGCGCGAUCGCGAAGAACGAGGACGGAACGAGGUGCGUCAUCGCUGGGAAGGAAUCUCUCAGGAUAUUGCGGAUUUCCCGGUCUAGCGAGUCCUCGCCCACAACAGAGUACAGGUCAGCUGUAGGCAAAGGAGAGUACCGGAUUGAUAUUGGCCGCAAUCUGUGGGAUGGUAGCGGUCUGCACGUGGACAGCGCAAGCACGGAUGUGGUUUGGUGCCAUGGCUCGUACGACAGGAAGAUUUUAACCAGUGCACGAAAUGGAGAACUCAUAAUGUGGGAUCUCAUGAAGUCGGGGCCAUCGAAGGUUGAUCGGAGAACAAGGCAACACUCGCGCUCCAUACAUGCGCUUGCAUACUCAACAAUCGUGCAGAAUUAUUGCAUCUCUGGUUCCGCCGACGGUGAACUUCGAAUAUGGGACCUACGAGACCUCACGAAAUCAAUUAUGUACAUUCGCCAUCCUGCGCCAAUCCGAGCGGUGGCAUUCUCUCCGGUCUCCUGGCAGCCCCUGCAUGCGAUAACUGCCCUCGAGAAUGGCAGCAUGUACAGAUGGGACUUGAAAGUCGGACAACGGGGCAAUCUCGAUCGAAUAGCUGCAGCGCACUCGGGUCCCAUCCUCGCGCUGGACUGGGCAUCCUCAGGGGCAUUGUCCGGCACAAGCACCCCUCGCCCCAGCGCACCCAGCAGCUGGUAUGGCGGCUCUGGUACCCUGUUAGACGACAUACUUCCCGGCUCGGGCAACGGAGGCAAUGGGGAUGCUGAAGGUACGAGUCUUGGGUGGCUUGCCAGCGGCGGGUUAGACCGUUGCGUGAAGGUGUGGAACAUCUCGGCGAAUAAGAGCGGCAUCUCACAUGACCCAACGUACACCCUGCGCACCGCAUAUCCCGUGCGCCGCGUGCUAUGGCGGCCAGGCUACGAAUGCGAGCUCGCAAUCGUGUCGAACAACAUCGACUCCGCGGGGAGCAGCAGCGCAGAUCUACACUACGUCGGCGGCGCUAGCGCGGGCGGGUCCGCCAUUCCCGGCGCUUCAUCGGGUUUGCUGAGCGUAUCGUCCAGCCCACGGAUCAACACUGCGACCUUAAAGAUGGCGGAGGUGUUGACGGAGUCGCAAACUGAGAGUGGGCCGCAGACGAUGAGCCAGAGCGGGCGAAAUGACCCGAUUGAGCUGUGGGAUGUGCGGCGCGGGUAUAUUGCCAAGUGGGCUAUUGAAAGGUCGGCGAUGGAGGGCGGAGUCACUGAUGUCGUGUUCGGAGACUCCCACGCAAUAUGGGCACAGUACUCGUCCGGUGCUUUCGCCCAGCUGGAUCUGCGGCAAGCGACCAGGCCGCUCGAUGCCAUACCACGAACAGCGAUGUCCUGGACUGCAGCGGGUUCUCUGGCCUUUGUGACGGACCGGCCGAGCAGAUGGGAGAUCCCAUACGACGACAUUAAACCCGAGAAGAGGCAAAGCAUCAUGGAUCUGCAAGGGAACGUGAAAAGCUUGGGCGACCCUCCCUACGUUCCUGUCACACAGAAUAUGGGCGCGAUCGCAUCCGAAGACAGCAUUGGGGAUCUCGAGGUGUUCGUGCGACUGGCCCAAGGAUGGAUCUACGAAGGCGGCGAUCGGAAAGAGAUAUGUAAGCGCAACGCUCAGGUGUCUGCGGAAGCCGGGAAUGUAGAAGCGGCGCAGACGUGGCUAAUGCUCGGUAGCCUAUUGACUGAUCUGGUGCAGGAGAAGCGACUAGCACGACCGCAGAAUAUGGUACUUCCGCUCGCUCACGGUCUUCUCCACUCUGCAUCUGCUCCUGCUUCCAUCCCGACCAUACAGACCCUCCAGAGCGCCGUUCCGACUCCGCAGCGCUCUGUCUCCUCGGACGUGGACACAUCCAACAUGAGCGAGGAACAAAACUGGGGGUCGACUUGUAAGGUCAGUGACGAGAAACUCGGCCGCACCUCUCAGAAAGGGACGCCGACGUCGUCCACGUCCUCCUCGCCACACUAUUCCACCAGCGCGCUUCCCGCUUCCCAGUUAUCUGUGGGCUCGCUGUCGCGCCGCGAGUCAGAUGCGGCAUAUACUUCUGCCACGCGCCGGAGGCUGUCGUCCUCCUAUCGACGCCCUUCGUUCACGACUGCAAGUAUAUACAGUGCGCACAGCGACUCGCCGAAUGCCAGCACAAGGAGCCUAUCAAGUUUGAAGCAUAUUGGGGAGGGCGCGCUUGACGACUCGGACUCCUCGGACAGCGGCGGCGAGGACGCCAUCUUUGAUGAUCCCUCAAGGAGUGGCAGCGAUGGGGAGGGCCAGCCGUAUCGCUCUAUGACCUCAUCCAACUCCUUAUCACGUACGAACAUCGUUACUCCGAGCCCGUUGUCGCAGGUCGUCGGACAGACCACCUGGACAGAGGACGAGAGGGACGACUCGGACUCGCCGUCUCCCGGGUCCACGAGCGAGUCGGACUCAAGCGACUAUGCGACUACGUCGUUGAGGAGCAAGGUAUCUCGGUCGACAAAGAGGAACAAGACACGCAGCCGCAGCUCUACUGUCGCAUCCCUGGCGGCACCGUCCUCCACUCACACGCUGGUAAAGCAGGAUUCAUAUAGCAGCAUUCGAACGGUGACGGCGGGGAACCCGCCAGGGCUCGAACGCGGCCGCGAUCAUUCCUUCAGGGGUGAUAUUAGCUUACGGAGUCUCCUUGACCGGCCGGAGUCGACCAAGGCGUUGUCGAUCCAUCAGCGGGCUGGUUCGGUUCUGUCGAAUGACAUGGCUGGCAGGUCCGGGAGCGGUGAACAGAUGGACCCGGAGCUUGUGCAGGUCGUGAGGGAGACGGAGAGUAGGUUCCGGGAGCUUGGCUGGGAGGCGUUCCGGGAGAUGUUUGAGGCAAUGGCAGGAGAGGGAGAAAUCCAGCUGUGCACCUACCUGUCCGUCGUAGCCCCGAAGGAACUCAAGGUAGACCGAACCCGCGCGCUGCAGUUAGUGGAGAGCUAUAUCGAUGUAUUGAGUCGUCUGCGUUUGCAUACGUCUGCGGCAUAUAUGCGGAAGUUUGCCCAAGCAGAUGAUGUGCGAGCUACAACAGCACUGCACACGACUGUUCACACGAGCUGCAGCCGUUGUCGGAAACCCAUUCUGACUCCAACGGUUGAUACAACCCUCUAUGGAAAGCCUUCUGGGGGAUAUGCAUACUGCACCUCCUGCAAAAUAAACAUUACGACAUGCUCUAUAUGUCAUCUUCCUGUUCGGGCACUCAUGUUCAAGUGCCCGGUAUGCAUGCACGGAGGCCACGAAGAGUGCUAUCGCAACUACUACCUCCAUCGACCGAUGGAGGAGCUGAAAGCGCCACCAGUGCGGGAACGGGAAUCACAGCUUCCACGUCGCACCACGACCCCAGAGCUGGAACCCGCGGUCCCGCAUGGGGUUAGAGGACGUGCAAUGUCUCGUGCCGAUUCUAUUACAGGAGACAGUGAGUCGGAUGAAAGUAUACCGUUGCAUGCCGGCGGCAGCACGACCAGUGGCGGCGAGGUGACAGAUACGGAGGGGCAGGUGCCUACACGACGCGCGCUGUAUGGCCAUCUGUGUGCUGCGGGAUGCGGACAUCAUUGUUGGGCUGUGAGCAAACAGCCCUUUGGGAAUUUGUUGUAGUACUUGUAGAUUAUGUUACACUUGUUGAUAGUUGCCAUAGCAUUGUAGAAAGUCGCGUACGGAGAAUCCGAAUCCUGACAAUCCACGAUUCCAUAGACGAGAUGUACACAGUGAGAGAGGACUUGACAUAUUUCUCGUAGUACUGGAGAGGGAUGAACGGUUUCGGAGAAUCCGGAUGCAGACGUGAGAUGUACGCAGCGAGAGAAAUCAAU